AGUGUCGCAAGUCAAUUUGGCGUACAAAUACUUUCGUCUUCCUCUGAACCCGCGAAAACCUUCCUUCCCUGGAGUCACAACAUUGAGGGAUAUGCUAGGCAAAGUGCAAAAAUGGAUCCAAUCGAAGCAUCGCAAGAGCUUGCUUUUCGGGUCGGGUUUACCGGUCACAGUGGGCACCUCCGAGUGGAGCCGCUGUCGACGGUGGAGCGUUCCAACCCGUUGAGUUCGCUUCCUGAUUUCAUCCUGCCGCCCGCAUUUCCGGAGGAGACACCUGAAUCUAUAAAGAAGUAUAUUGAACAGACAUAUCUCAGCCCAAGAUUGGACCCUGAUGAAUUUUCACCCGAGAGAGUUGGGAGGCAGUGGGAAUUUGACUGGUUUGACAGGGCUGAAGUGCCUCUGGAGCCAUCUUUGCCACGGUCUGUCGUGGUUCCUGUUUGGGAACCACCAUUUCGACGCCAAAACAAUGUUUCAGAGCAAGGAAAAUGGGAGCCAAAAUCUGAGGAGGUGGAUGUGUCAGAAUUGAUGCUAGGAGAUGAAGACUCUGGGCCAUUACCCCGUGCCUCUGGAUCUGCUAAGGAUUUUGUAAGGGGAAGCAUCAAUAAUCGCCCUUUUCGCCCUGGAGGUUUCGAUAACUCGCAAACUUUAGACAGAAUUAUUCCAGAAGGUACUUCUACUGGUGAGUGGGUGCGUGAAAUUUUGAAUGGCGGCCCUCCUCAGAUGAUCCCUCCAGGCUUUAAACAAGGGUUGGACCUUGGAGCAUUUAAGCCCUAUCCUUGCUCGUGGAAUGUUUACAAGGAUGUCAGUUUGCUUAAGAGCUCAUCAGAUGAAAAACUGAGUGAGUUGUCCCUACAGUUUGAUGACUUAUUUAAGAAGGCCUGGGAGGAUGGUGUUACUCAAGAACAGGAGGAAGAUGGUAUCUUUACUAGCCCCGGCUGCUUAUCAGAAGUGGAGCCUGUUAUAGUGGAAGCUGAAGUUGAUAAGGCUGAGGGAUCUAGCAGUAUGCAUGAGGAUGAAUUUUCAUUAGAUGAGGUACUGUCAACUAAAUCAGAAGGAUCAAAGCCACUUUUAGAUGGAUCUAGUGAUGGUGGACAGCAGCAAAAGGAGGCUUGGGCACAUCGUGGAGGUUCCAAAGGAAUUAUAGAUCACUUCCAUGAACUUAUUCCUGAUAUGGCACUUCAGUUUCCCUUUGAAUUGGAUGCAUUUCAGAAGGAGGCUAUAUAUUAUCUUGAGAAGGGGGAAUCUGUUUUUGUUGCUGCUCACACAUCGGCUGGAAAGACGGUGGUGGCAGAAUAUGCAUUUGCUUUAGCAUCAAAGCAUUGCACUAGGGCUGUAUAUACUGCUCCGAUAAAAACAAUCAGCAAUCAGAAAUAUAGGGAUUUCUGUGGGAAGUUUGAUGUUGGGCUGCUUACUGGUGAUGUAACCUUGAGGCCAGAGGCUUCUUGUCUCAUCAUGACCACAGAAAUUUUAAGGUCCAUGCUCUAUCGAGGUGCAGAUAUUAUUCGGGAUAUUGAAUGGGUUAUAUUUGACGAAGUGCAUUAUGUCAAUGAUGCUGAAAGAGGUGUUGUUUGGGAAGAAGUAAUUAUAAUGCUUCCAAGACACAUCAAUAUCAUCCUCCUUUCAGCCACGGUACCUAACACGGUUGAAUUUGCUGAUUGGAUUGGUCGGACAAAGCAAAAGGAAAUCCGGGUUACAGGGACAACAAAAAGACCUGUCCCAUUGGAGCACUGCCUGUUUUAUUCUGGAGAACUUUACAAAAUUUGUGAAAGUGAAGCAUUUCUGCCUCAGGGACUGAAAGCUGCUAAGGAUGCAUAUAACAAGAAGCAUUCAACUGCUGUUGGUGGUGGCUCUGGACGAUAUUCAGGGACAUCAGCAGGUCAUGAGAGUACUCAAGUUCAAAAACGUGAAAAUGCAGCACGAGUUAAACGUGGAAGUAGUUUCUCCAAAACUUCUAGAGGCUAUCAGAAUAAUGUAAAUGGCCAGAACAACUGGGAACUCAGGAGGGCAGAAUCUUCUAUGUGGUUGAUGCUUAUUAACAAGCUCUCCAAAAAGUCACUGUUGCCUGUGGUCAUAUUCUGCUUUUCUAAGAAUCGCUGUGAUAAAUCAGCUGAUAACAUGACUGGAACUGACCUAACUAGUAGCUCAGAGAAAAGUGAAAUACGUGUCUUUUGUGAUAAAGCAUUUUCAAGGCUGAAAGGAUCUGACAGGAAUUUACCACAGGUGGUUCGAGUCCAGAAUCUUCUUCAUAGAGGGAUCGGUGUGCAUCAUGCUGGCCUUCUUCCAAUUGUAAAGGAAGUAGUUGAAAUGCUAUUUUGCCGUGGUGUUAUCAAGGUUUUGUUUUCAACAGAGACAUUUGCAAUGGGUGUCAAUGCUCCUGCUAGAACAGUAGUCUUUGAUACUUUAAGGAAGUUUGAUGGCAAGGAAUUUAGGCAGUUACUACCAGGAGAAUAUACUCAAAUGGCUGGUCGUGCUGGAAGAAGAGGUCUUGAUAAGAUUGGUACUGUUAUUCUAAUGUGCCGUGAUGAAAUCCCUGAAGAUAGGGAUUUAAAGCAUGUUAUUACUGGAAAUGCAACCCGCCUUGAAUCUCAAUUUCGACUUACCUUUAUUAUGAUCCUCCAUCUCCUUCGAGUUGAAGAAUUGAAGGUAGAAGAUAUGCUUAAAAGAAGUUUUGCUGAAUUCCAUGCUCAGAAAGAACUACCUGAGAUGCAAGAACUUUUGAAGCGAAAGCUUAAUCAGCCUACAAAAGCUAUUGAAUGCAUAAAGGGUGAGCCAACCAUUGAGGAAUACUAUGAGACAUACUCUGAAGCUGAGAAGUACAGCAGCAAAAUAUCAGAUGCAAUUUUGCAGUUGUCGAGUGCCCAACAAUUUCUUGCUCCUGGAAGAGUAAUAGUUGUAAAAUCAGAAUCAGCCAAGGAUCACCUGCUUGGUGUGAUUGUGAAAGCUCCUUCUGCAAAUUAUAAGCAAUAUAUUAUUUUAGUGCUCAGGCCUGAUUUGCCUCCUCCAGUGGAAAAUGCCCCAAGUAGGGGUAAUGUGCAAGAUAAACCCAGUGACUUCAACCAGGGUUAUUUUGUGGUGCCUAAAUCUAAACGUGGUUUUGGAGAUGAAUAUCAUACCUCUGUUUCAGCUCGUAGAGGAACAGGUGUUAUCAACAUCACACUGCCACAUCAUGGUUAUGUUAGUGGAAUGAGUUAUGAGGUUCAAGGAGUUGAUAGUAAAGAAUUUCAAUGCAUUUGCAAUAAAAAAAUGAAAGUUGACCAGGUUGGACUUCUUGAAGAUGUUAGCAAUGCUGUUUACUCCAAGACUGUUCAGAUGCUCCUGGAUUUAAGGUCAGAUGGAAACAAGUACCCUCCACCCCUGGAUCCUGUGAAAGAUCUUAAGUUGAAGGAUGUUGAACUCGUGGACACAUACUACAAAUGGACUAAAUUAUUGGAGAAGAUGACCCUGAAUCAGUGUCAUGGGUGUAUAAAAUUGCAAGAGCACAUUAAGUUAGCGAAAGACAUCCAAAAGCACAAAGAAGAGGUCAAUGAUCUUCAAUUUAAAAUUUCAGACGAAGCACUUCAACAGAUGCCAGACUUUCAGGGCCGGAUUGAUGUUCUGAAGGAAAUUGGUUGCAUAGAUGAUGAUUUUGUUGUACAAAUGAAAGGUCGUGUUGCCUGUGAGAUGAACUCUGGUGAAGAAUUGAUUUGCACUGAGUGCUUGUUUGAGAAUCAACUGGAUGAACUGGAACCGGAGGAAGCUGUGGCAUUAAUGUCAGCUUUUGUGUUCCAGCAGAAGAACACUUCUGAACCUUCACUUACGUCCAAGCUGUCACAGGCAAAACAUAAAUUGCACAGUACGGCAAUAAGACUUGGACAACUUCAAGUGCAGAAAGGACUACCAAUAGAUCCUGAAGAAUAUGCCCAAGAAAAUCUCAAGUUUGGUCUAGUUGAAGUGGUUUAUGAAUGGGCAAAGGGUACUCCAUUUGCAGAGAUCUGUGAGCUCACCGAUGUUCCUGAAGGGUUGAUAGUGAGGACCAUCGUGAGACUAGACGAGACGUGUCGAGAGUUUAAGAAUGCUGCAGCGAUUAUGGGUAAUUCUGCUCUCUGCAAGAAAAUGGAAGUUGCUUCUAAUGCAAUUAAGCGUGACAUAGUUUUUGCGGCAAGCUUGUACAUUACUGGUGUAUGAUCCUUGUUCAACAUUUAGGUAGGCUUUGGUUAAUUCGAGGGUAUUGUUUUGAUUUCCGCGAGCAUUUGACAUUUUCUUUGUAGAAUAUUUGUGCAUAAAGGAGAAAUAUGAUUCUAAUCUU